UCGAACAAGUCGCACCGAUCGCGAAGCGCCAGUUGUUUCCCGUCCAUCGACGUGACCGCACCGUGACUCGCGGUUGUCCGAGAGAGACAGACAGACGCACGCUGGGAAACGUGUAAAUAAGAAGAAAACGUCGUCGGAUCGAGGACGGUCAAGGGGGACAGAAAGAGAGAGGAACGAGUUGAAAGAGGAGAGAGAGUGGUACCCACGCUCGGACCCGCGUGGAUCAGCCAGAAUCGAGUGCUCCGGUCCAGUCGACGGACCUGCAUCGAGGGAUCCGAUAAAGACAAAGUCGUGCCGUGAGUUCUACGGAAGGGAUGAGAUCCAUCGCGUGACGCCGACCGAGGUGUGGGGACCAUUCGUGACUGUCAAACGCGUUCACUAAGUGCACCGUGUUACCACGCGCCACGUGACUGCAUCGUCCGGACUGGGACACUUCUUCUACAUUUAGUGUGUGCCGUUCGAGAUUGAACGAUCGUCGCAGGAGUUUAUAUUUACCCGGCAAUCGCAGACGAAAAUUAUGGAGUGUAACGUGUGACAAAGAACUCAGCGGCAAGCAGAUCUUCAAGUUGAGUUGUUGUUACAAACACCGGUUGGCCCGCUCGUGUCGGUAUUGUCUCACUGCGAAGAUGAACCAGCAGUGCAAGGUCUGUGGCGAGCCGGCGGCCGGUUUUCAUUUCGGAGCGUUCACGUGCGAGGGUUGCAAGUCUUUCUUCGGCAGAACGUACAAUAACCUUAGCAGUAUAUCGGAGUGCAAGAACGGAGGCGUAUGCGUAAUCAACAAGAAGAACCGUACCGCAUGUAAGGCGUGCCGACUACGAAAAUGCCUGUUGGUCGGGAUGUCGAAGUCCGGCUCGCGAUACGGGCGCCGAUCCAAUUGGUUCAAGAUCCACUGCUUGCUCCAGGAACAGACUAACGGGAGCCAGGCCGUGACUCCGAUGUCCGGUGCGCCUUUCGCGCCUGGCUUCCUCCCGGGGUUCGUGCCUCAGGCCCAAGGCCAGCAAACUGGCGGCGUGUACAAGGACGGAAAGGAUCGCGCUUCACCUAGUCAGGAAGACCUAGCCCUUCAAUCGCAUCUGCUGCACGUGGCGAUGCUGAAACAAGAAAGAGACAGGGGUAAUAAGUCCCCGCACCCUGACGACGUUGCUCUUCACAAUCAGCUCCGUCUGAUAGCUUGGCAAAGGGAACGAGAGAGGGUCGGCGGUCAUCCUCAACAACCUCCUGGAACACCACCCAGAGAACAGACACCGCCACCCUUUUACAAGCAUCAGCAGCAACAAUCGAAAUCCCCGAUGUUCCCGGUGAACUUUGCACAAAAAGACGGCGUUUGCGUACCAAGCAGUCCCUCGGACGUCUUCCGACCGUUUCUCCCGACGUACAAGAGGACGGCUGAUACCCCGAGCGACAGCGGAGCGUCGUCAGUGGAUGGUGGUGACGGUCAGGACACCGAAUCUAGGAGUAAUUCGGCACUGAGCUAUUUUAAAACCAGCGUCGCGUCUCCGACGUUGUCUGAACGCGAAUUUCCACCCAGGAAGAUCAACGCGACGGUCACGUUGACAACGGGUUAUCAUCCUCAUCAGAGUUUAGGAGUUGUCUACCCUCCCCCCGGCUUGAUAACACCAGCGACGUCUCAACACUCGCCCAGGGGCGGUGAUCUGCUUCUGGUGAGUCCUAGUCCAGGCGGCCUGGCCGUCGAGCAGGACGAACCGAUCGAUCUCAGCGUAAGGUCGAGCAGAAGCUCGCCGAGACCGAGUCAAUCCUCGGAAGAGGACAACAGAUUGAACGGGAUCGAGUGCGACCGCGAGAGUCCCGUAAAAGAAGAAACGACGACCAAAAGUAAACCGCUGGACCUGACACUGAGCGUGAAAAGGCCGACCGAGUUGCCAAUGUCGUUGUGAACGUCGAAACGAUAGGCCCGCGACGGGCUGGUCCCGAAUCUGUACUGACACGAUCUGAGCAUCACCCGAAUCCUGGUUGCGAGGAUCGAGUAGUGAAUUCGUUUAAUUUACGAAUUCACAGGACAACGUCCGGAGCGACGGAUGGGAAGUGCGCAUCGAUUCUACGAUGCGCAUCGAGUGUGCGAUGAAGCGAAUGACGUCCACAGGAACGGAAUUGAGAAAGAAUCGUGGCCAAAUGCGUCCGUCCACGAAAAUGUGUUCAAACUUGUACAUACGUCACCGACCUGAUCCGCGUGAGCAUUUAAUUUAUUUACGAGUGAAUAUCACGAGUCGCGUUGUCGCUUUUCGAUUCUUCGCUGGUGGAGACGAGGUAGAAGCUGCGAACAAAGGUGUGUAAAUAAGAACCGUAGUACGUCGGCCAGGAGAGUGCCUUAAUAUAAUAUAUUUAUGAUAAAAUAUUAUAUAUUGUAUAUUGUAUGUGUAUUUGAAACGGAUUUUAUACUUCGUGCGGUCUGUUACGACUUAAUCGUGUAACGAUUAUAGUGCGGGAAUACCCAGAGACGGGAAGACACGUUUUGUUUCCGAUCGCAUCCAGCCAUGACGAGAGGCCGGUUAAUAAAACGAGAGAGAGACCUAAUGUCACACAUAAUAGAGCGCAUGCAUAAAUCGAAUCUUAUGCAUCUUGUAAAUAAGUAAACGUAUUAGGGGAGGGGAGGAAAGUCUGAGAAGAAACCUGUCCGCGGAUCGCUUUUAUUUUUUUUACGGACCUCUCGAACGGCGUUUUUUUACUCACUUCUGAUUUUCUUUAUCUAUCCUUUUGUACAUGAUCAUUCUUUUUAAACACGAGCGGCCAGUACUUAAACGUAACGCGGAAUUAAAUACAAUAUUUUUGUUUAAUCUACGAAACGAGCCUGAGUUUCAUUUGCACCAACUACCUCCCCCUUCUUAACGAAAUUAAAUAAACGUUAUUUCCAAUCUUAAA